ACAACAAGAACAAGAAGAACAAGAACAACAACAACUGGCUCGGUGAGCGGAGCUAUCCCAGGAAUAACCAAGACAAUCGAAGCUCAAUUGGGUCAAUCGCUUCAGCAUCCAUCACCAUGAAUUCGUGGUUUGUGCGUCAGACUUUUCGCUUAGGACAACAAGCUUGGCCACGAUUCCAAGGCCAACAGGUCCGUCAUGGAGGCCAUGCCACCAUGUCCAUUAAGCCUUCGCGCUGGCCGGAACUGCAAUUCCGGGAUAGCAUGCACUUGUGGUUCAUGUUGGUGGGUGGAUCGCUUUUGGCUGUCUCGGCUUACACCAAUGUCUUCGUGGGCUCGGGCACGUUGGCCCCCAUACCCGAGGACCACCAGCCCCAAGAGCACGAGUACUAUCCUCACCCCAUCACCCGAUGGUUGGUGAAGCACGUUUACCGCAGUCCCCAAGAAGCUUAUGAGGGCACGCUCCACGUGGUCUGGGAACUGGAAAAAUACAACAAACAACACCAAUUGGAACGUGAGGUCCAACGACUCAUUGCUAAAGAAGGUGAUUAUAAGGCGUACUACUAUAUUCCCAAGGACGGCCACACCAUGCGGGCCUACCGGAACGCAAUGGAACAGAGAAGUGAAAAAGGUGGCAUGGCCACAAGUGACAUCUAAAUAAGAUCGACCUUGAAAAUCAGUCAGAAUUAAGCUUGAAAUUUGAAAUAUAUUCAAAUCUAAAGGUCAAAAAUUGAA